AUGGCAGACAGCUUUAAUUCUAGUGGAUAAUUUUAUAAUUUUGUUGGAACAGCAGGAACAGCAGACUUUUUACCAGGAUCAGGUUAGGAAUAAUAAUUGAGUUUCGGCAGGAAUUAUUUGGGUUAUAAUGAUCAACAAGUGGGAAGUUUUUAGAAUAACCUCCAUCAGUCGUAAUUGAUAGAUUCUGAAGUUAAGAAUAGUCUGGAUCAAUUUUUUGAAAUGAAAAUCGAAGAUGUUAGAUUAGAUAAUUUAUUAAUUCAUGAAGAGUCUUCAAGUCAAUCAAAACAAAUAUAAUCCAUACAUUCAGAUAGAAAUAGCAGAUCUCAAUACUCAGGAGAUCAAGAUUUCCGAUUAGAAUCAGCAGAAUAAAUAAAUAGUAAGUUUAAACCUGAAGUUAAAAUGCUCAUCCCUCAAAAUCAGGGCAAGAGCAUUUAUCGAGACAAGAUUGACUCUCUAUUAGAGAAGCGAACAUCUAAUAAUAACUCAGUCUCACCUUCAAUAACUCCAAGAUCAUCUAAGAGUCAAUAAAAAUUAGAAAGAAAGAGAUCUCAAAACCUUUAGAAUGAAACUUCAAAUGAAAUGACAGAUCCUACAUAAUUAAAAUUAGCAAAAAAUAGGGAAUCUGCAAAGAAUUCGAGAGAAAGGAAAAAAAUAUAUUAAUCAUUGCUCGAAAAAUAAGUUUCAGAAUUGCAAUUAGAGAAUGAGAAAUUAAAGGAUAUAUGUAAAAAUCAAGCCCAAUCUAUGGAGAUAGUUAACAAGAAGACUCAGAAAUUUCAAUAAUUUUUAGAACAGUAGUAGCAGAUGUUUGAGAAGUUGGAAUUGUGUAUAAUAAAAAAGGCUAGUUUUGAUGAAAUUGGGAUAAUAAUGGAUGCUUUAAGAUAUAGAAUACAAUCGAACUCGUAGGAAAGAAACGAUACUGCUAGAGUAUAUUUUGAUAGCAUAGCUGAAAUAAUGUUACCCAUGUAAGUAAAAUAUUUGUUAUAUGCAUGCUAAAAUUCGAAAGAUAUGUUUGCGAACACGGAGUAGUAUGUAAUUUAUGGUUAUUCUUAAUUUUUAGAGAUUACAGUGAUUGGAUAAAGGAAGGUUUUUAAAGUACAAAUGUCAAAUUUGAGAAUUUUACCAAACUUAAAAAAUUUUAGUCCAAGGUUCAAUAAUUAAAAUAAAAUAUCUCUAAAUAAAAUAAAGAAUGAAAUUAAGUCCAUCUAAGACCAUGCUUCUAAAUUGGAUCAGGUUUGGGAUGCGCUCAAAUCCAUUUUAAAUCCUCUCUAGUUAGGCACUUUGAUGUGUUCCCUUUAUCACAAUCUCUAUAAGAAUGAAUUAUAGACGAGCACAUUGUUUGCUUAAUUAAAGAACUCUCAGGCUGAGGAGGAUGAUUUCUCUUUUAAGAUAGAGGAGGAAAUAAAUUAUGGGACUAAUAAAAUGGUUAAGAGGUGUUGA